GCUUACCGUAGGAAGCCAGACCCGGCGAAGACAGACAAUAAAUCACAGUGGCCAACACCCCUGCGCACGACAACGGAGGCGUGGUCGGAUUUUGGAGGAUCUUCAUUAAGAAUUUUGCCAAAAUUGCCGAGCCUAUUCGGGCCAUGAUCAGAGAAGAGGGGACCAUGGAUUGGACGGAGGAGCGAGAAGAAGUUGUCCAAACCCUCAAGGACAUACUGGCAUCGGAGCAAGUCGCCUUGUCCGCACCCUGUUUCAAUGACGAAGUGGGACGGGCCUUCAUCCUAGAGACGGAUGGAGGACCUUUGGCCGUAGGAGGCGUGCUGAUUCAACGGGAUGAGGAAGAGAGAGAGAGACCGAUUAGGUUCGAAAGUAGAACCCUGAACUCCGCAGAACGACGGUACUCGCAGUUCAAAAAGGAGGUCUUAUCCAUCUUACAUUGCCUCAAGACCUUCCAGGCCUACCUAUUUGGGAGGCGGUUCAUCUUAAGGCUCGAUCCGAUGAAUGUCGCAGGGGCCUUAAAGAACUACAAGCCUAUAGAUCCGGUAGUGGGAAGAUGGGUAGGAUUUAUCUGGCAGUUCGAUUACAAGAUCGAACGGAUUGCGGGAAUCAGAAACAAGGCCGAUGGACUGAGCCGGGUCUGCAUCACUCCCGAAGGGGUGGAGGAUGCGGAGCCCAUAGAUGCAUUCCUUGAAUACGAAGGAGGAACUCUUGCGGUGGACAACGAAAUGAUGGGCGAAGGAUGCGCGUCGGGAGAACUGUUGAUCCGGACUUUGGAGAAGAUGGCGCCUGCCGUAGCAGCAGAACUUAAGGAAGGACCAGUCACCACUCAAGGUCGCAAAGAGGAGAAAGAUUCGUGGGGAGCAAUAGUAGGACCGAAGGAGGAACUAAUAGCAAUGGCGGUUGAGGGAGGCCGAGAUGCCGUGAUGAGCUUAGUGAAAUCUUGGGAAAGGAAAGAGUUGCGAUGGAUGAUAAACCAGAUGCAGGAAAGAAAGGAUGAGAAAUGGGAAAGGAAGGAGUUUUUCUAUGCCCAGAUAUACGAAGGGAUCUUUUGGGAGAUCGAGCUGUUACUGGUAGGAAAUAAACAACCCACGGAAGUCAGCGCUAAAGCAAGGGAGGAGGCCGAAAGGUAUAUUCUAGAUGCGCGAGACGACUUGAGUGGGUUUGUGGAGGUGAUCCGCGCAUGACCACGGAAGACUUAAUUAAGGCAAGGUGUCAACAAGUUCUUAAGAACGAAGAGGUCAUGGAAGACAUCGCCAACUGGGUGCUAGACAGCAAGAUGAG